GUCCCAGCGAACGCUGGGGUGGACCGGAGGCUCCCGGCCGGCGGACUAACUGGAUCUCCGACGCUGCAGCCAUUUAGGCCGGUGCCCUUUCCCGCUCUGGCAAGGAAGAGAAAUGGAAGUGAAAAAGUUGGCCAUUUCCUGGCAGUUCUUGAUAGUUCUGGUUUUCAUCCUGCAAAUUCUGUCUGCGUUGGAUUUUGACCCGUACCGAGUCCUAGGGGUCAGCCGGACAGCCAGUCAGGCUGACAUUAAAAAGGCUUAUAAGAAGCUCGCCCGGGAAUGGCAUCCGGACAAAAACAAAAACCCCGGAGCCGAGGACAAGUUCAUUCAAAUUAGCAAGGCUUACGAGAUUCUUUCCAAUGAAGAAAAAAGAUCGAAUUAUGAUCACUACGGAGAUGCCGGCGAGAACCAGGGCUACCAGAAGCAGCAGCAGCAGCGGGAGUAUCGCUUCCGCCAUUUCCAUGAAAAUUUUUAUUUCGAUGAGUCCUUCUUUCACUUCCCCUUUAAUUCGGAGCGGCGGGACUCGAUUGAUGAAAAAUAUUUAUUGCACUUUUCGCACUAUGUGAAUGAAGUGGUUCCGGAUAGCUUCAAGAAACCCUACCUCAUUAAGAUCACCUCAGACUGGUGUUUUAGCUGCAUCCACAUCGAGCCUGUUUGGAAAGAAGUAGUUCAAGAACUGGAAGGACUGGGUGUGGGGAUUGGCGUGGUACACGCCGGGUACGAGAGGCGCCUGGCCCACCACCUGGGAGCACACAGCACGCCCUCCAUCCUGGGAAUCAUAAACGGGAAAAUCUCCUUCUUCCACAACGCAGUCGUCCGUGAGAACCUGCGACACUUUGUGGAGAGUCUUCUUCCAGGGAACUUGGUGGAGAAAGUCACAAAUAAAAAUUACGUCAGAUUUCUCUCUGGCUGGCAGCAGGAGAACAAACCGCACGUCCUUCUGUUCGACCAGACGCCCAUCGUGCCGCUGCUGUACAAGUUGACUGCUUUUGCAUACAAAGAUUACCUGUCAUUUGGCUACGUGUCUGUCGGUUUGAGGGGGACAGAAGAGAUGACGAGACAGUACAACGUCAACGUCUACACUCCCACCGUCCUGGUCUUUAAAGAAAACAUCAACAAACCCGCGGACGCGAUCCAGGCCCGAGCCUUGAAGAAACAGGUCAUUGAUGACUUCAUCGCCCAAAACAAGUAUCUGUUAGCAGCCCGGCUCACCAGCCAGAAGCUGUUCCAUGAACUCUGCCCCGUGAAACGGUCCCACCGCCAGAGGAAGUACUGUGUGGUUUUACUGACAGCUGAGACCACCAAACUGAGUAAGCCCUUCGAGGCCUUCCUGUCCUUCGCCCUGGCAAACACGCAAGACACGGUGCGGUUCGUGCACGUCUACAGCAACCGGCAGCCGGAGUUUGCUGAUACCCUCCUGCCGGACAGCGAGGCGUUCCGAGGAAAGUCGGCGGUGUCCAUCUUAGAAAGGCGCAACACAGCGGGCAGGGUGGUGUACAAGACCCUGGCGGAUCCCUGGACGGGGAGCGAGAGUGACAAGUUCAUCCUGUUGGGACAUCUCGACCAGCUGCGGAAAGACCCAGCUCUUCUGUCUUCGGAAGCCGUGCUCCCCGACCUGACCGACGAGCUUGCCCCUAUGCUUCUCCUUCGGUGGCUUUAUUCCGCGUCAGACUACAUCUCGGACUGCUGGGACAGCAUAUUCCACAGCAACUGGCGGGAAAUGAUGCCCCUCCUGUCCCUGGUCUUCUCCGCCCUCUUCAUCCUCUUCGGCACCGUCAUCGUCCAGGCUUUCAGGUACGGCCCCCGCGGCUUCCCCGCGUGGCUCCGGAGGGGGAGCCCCAGACCUCCCGGCUGCUCGUCCUCUUUUUUGGUAAAACUCCCUUUUUUCCGCUUUAGCGACUCAAACGACGAGCGCGAGUCAAGCCCUCCGGGGAAAGAGGAAGCCCAGGAGAAGGCCGGGAAGGCGGAGCCCAGCUUCACCAAAGAGAGCAGCAGCAAGAUCCCUAAGAAAGGCUUCGUGGAGGUGACCGAGCUCACGGACGUCACGUACACCAGCAACUUGGUGCGCCUGAGGCCCGGCCACAUGAACGUGGUGCUCAUCCUGUCCAGCGCCACCAAGACCAGCCUGCUGCAGAAGUUCGCCGUGGAGGUCUACACGUUCACCGGGAGCAGCUGCCUGCACUUCUCCUUCCUGAGUCUAGAUAAGCACAGAGAGUGGCUCGAGUACUUGCUAGAGUUUGCUCAGGACGCGGCCCCCAUCCCAAACCAGUACGACAAGCACUUCAUGGAGCGCGACUACACUGGUUACGUGCUGGCCCUGAACGGCCACAAGAAGUACUUCUGCCUCUUCAAGCCCCAAAAGACAGUCGAAGAGGAGGAAGCCAUGGGAGCGUGUGGUGACCUUGACUCUUCCCUCCAUCUGGGCGAGCCUCGAGGGAAACCCCCCGGUGGCCUUGGGUCCCGGCCCAUCAAAGGGAAGUUGAGCAAGCUGUCCUUGUGGAUGGAGCGCCUGUUGGAAGGCUCCUUGCAGAGGUUCUACAUCCCGUCUUGGCCUGAACUAGACUGAGAGGAUUUCCAAGAGACUCGAACUCUCCCAACUUUUUACAGGCCCCUGUGACCAGGUAUUUUCAGGACUCGAACCCUCACAGCGGACAGAGCGUAGAUUUUAGAAUAUUCUUCUAGAACAGAGGAUAGAAGAAUCUUUCCUUUGUCCUGUUCCAACCUAGGAGUGAAAAUACCACACGUCAAAUUCCCUAGAUCAAAAUAUUUUCCUUUGGGUUUUUUUUUUUCCCCCUCAUCUGAAUGCCGCAUUAUUUAAAAACAGACUGCUCGUUCCCUCCUCCUCCACGGUCCCCGUCGGGCACGCCCAGCGCCCUCCCCUGUCGGGUCUCCGUGCCACCAGAGCCCACUGUGCAGGUUGCGGGCGGGUGGGGCCCUGCACCCGACUCUCCCGCCCCUCCUGGCCCCGCUGUGCUCCCGCCACGGUGCAUGCCGGGGCGGCGGGACAACUCGCAGCAGCUUCGAGGAGGCCCCGCGCCUUGAAAGAGGCCUAGAUCCAAGCAACCUUACCUUGCACGGGUUUUCCGGUAGUGAGUGGCUAACAUAUAUUUUGGGGGUAUCCCCCUUACAGCAGCUUGUCAGCCAUGGUUUUCAAAAUACAGGGCUGAGUGGGGGUUCCGCACGCGAGUUGCUUUUCUUCCCCAAGGCAAGAGGAGGGAGGGCUGGGCGGUGACUGAAGUGACCCCUUCGUGAGCCUCCCAUCCGCCGCCUCCCCCAGCACUAACCGUAGCCCAGAGGGAUCCGCACGGCAAGAAGUACUGUAAUGACUUGAGCCAUUAACGUGUAUGAUUUCAGAUGCCUUUCUGCCUCUGUCAGUUGUAGGGUAUGGAUACUAGGAGCCAUAACUUUAACCUUGCUCUCUGAACGUAGAGGUAAGCUGCUAUAAGCCAGUAGAUGUUCAGCUGAAGACACAUUAUUUCCCCCCCCCCCACCCCCCGUGAGCGGUGUCUCUUUAGUAAAUACCAGACCUGUCUUCGUGUCAAGGAACCUAACCGUUCUGCAUUGUGUGUUGAACGCUGUUGCCCCAGAAUGCUGUAUCUUCCAGUCUUUUGUGACAGGUGAACCUGGAGUGUUCUAGACUCCUGUUUUGCAGAAGGCUCAUGGACUUCGAGCUUCUGGCCUAUAUUCUGACGUCCCAUCUUCGUGGUUUCACUGCUCACUUAGAACCGCUUCCCCAGUAGCAGGGUGAAGAGACCUGGCAUCAGCUCGCUGAGCUGCAGGGUCGCACGGCUCCCAGCUGGGCCGCUCCAGCUGGUUGGAGAGCUUGCCUCGUCUUUGAGGAUGCGCGCGCAGUUUGGGUGUCCUCCAAGCGUGAGCUGUUCCCCUGUCAGAGCAGACUGCCCUCUCGAGGCAGUUUGUAAAGUCAAGGAGCCGGAAUCACUGACGGGACAAAACAAGUUUGUAUUUUCUCUAAUCAUAACUGCUUUAAAUUAAUCCAUUUGAAUUCUGAAUGGCUCAGUUAUUGAGCCACAGUGACAAGUAGUAAGUUAUUUGAGCCCAGGAAUUUCUGUCACUUUCAUGGAAUCUAUAGCUUUAUGGAAAAAUAAAUAAAUCACUGCCAGGCUUCAUUUUUCCACGUGAUCCUCUAAAACGGAUGCUUCCUCUAAUUGUCCUGUCUCCUGGCACCUGCCCCGGGUAGACAUGAUCAUGGAAUUCAUUUGGCUCCUGGACGCACCCGUCCUCAGAACUAUUUUCUGGGUCUUGUGUGCCCACGUUGCUUAAACGAGUAGGUUUUGGUUUGAUGAUGAUAGGUUUUUAUUUUUAAUGUCUGGUACUAAUGGGACUCCUGACCAUCAUUUGUGAAAAACCAAAACCUCCCCAGAUUUGUUCAUUUAAAAAAAAAAAGUUAUCAUUUAAAAAAAAGUUAUCAUUAAAAUGAAAAUCACCUUCAGACAGCUGUACCUCCCAUUUGUACUAAGAAAGGGAGGUGAUAAUAGACUGAACACACGCCUGGCAAAUACUUCAGUCCAAAAAUUCUCCUGCAGGUCUCUUUGCGGGCAGAAGCGUCUGCCAAGAGGGCUGGGGAGCUCUCGUUGUAACAUGAACUUCACCCUCGACCACCCAAGCCUUUUCUCCUGAACAUUGUGUCCAUUCACUUGUUUCCUUUGGUGUCAAAUGUACGAGCCGUUGUCACGCUCAGCCAAGGCCUCCGUUUCUCCUUCCGACGUCUGUGACCACACAGACCCCGUUUGGGUUUUAAGUUCCUAGUCUUCAAACACGCAUCUUAAAAAGACAGCGUUGAUGGUGUUAGAGGUAGGUUUUUGGGUUGGUAGAGAGACUAUGCAUCAUGUUUAGCAAGCAGAUGGGGUUGAAAACUGGCCUUAAAAGUCUUUGCAGAUCACACGCCCAUUUGAAAAGGAUGUUCUCGCUGCCAAGGUGUCGGUGGCGCGGUCUGUCUAAGGUAGAGGCCGGCACCCCCAGCCAAGCUGCUUCCAUGAGCGAGGCUGCCCUGGUUCCGCGGGGUUCCGCGGGGCACCGCCGGUACUGGACCACGAAAACCUGGUUGUGGUUUUCAAGUCAUAGGGUGAUUUCCUCCUCAUUCAGUACGUAAAUGUUUUCCUGAUAUAAAGAGAAAUGGGAUCUGAAUGUCUUGAGUGCUUUGCUUUGUUUGGGAAAUGGGACUAGAAGCAAACACUCAAACUUUUUUUUUUUUAAGGGAAAUUCUUUAAAAGAUGAUACACAACAUUUUAUCAAAUGAAAUGUUGCUCACGUCCAAAUACCUGCCAUUGUCCCUUGAAAGCACGCAGGGUGGCAGCUGCCGACUCUCUCUGCUCAGUUUGUCGAGGAGAAUAAUUAUCCUUUCGAGGCAGAUCCGAAAAGAAGGGGAAUAUUUUGCACUUUUGAUACUCUUAGGAACAAAUAACUUAUUUGGCAAAUGGUGUCUUUUUUAUGUUGUCUUUGUUUUGUAUUGUGAACAGGCACUAAAGCUGAUGUUAUUUUUGUUUUAAGAAUAUUGCCUACCGGAAACAGAAAUAAACUAUUUUAAAGUGUGA